AUGGAAAAUUUGGACUUGGUGAAAACUGAGCAAGAUACCUCUGUGGAUACCAAUAUCAGAAAUGCUAACAACUCUGUGGGCUAUGACUUGAGUAAUAACAGAAGCAGUCCCUCGCCCAGCCCACAUGGCGUCUCCAGUUUCUCAGGGAAAGCCAGCCCUGCUGUAAUACCUGGUGAGGUUGAUCUGCUUCCCUCCUUUAUGCGAGACACUCAAAGAAGUGGUGACCCUGAAAUACUGGAGAACUGCGAGACAAAGUGGUUACAUUUCUUCAGACUGGUGGAACAGCAAUGCCAAGACCAGAUAGUUACCCAGCAGAAACACUUUUAUCAGCAAAUCCAUCAUAUACAGAAUGAGAUCAGACACUUGGUGAAACUGCAAAACCAGAAUGUGUGUUCGUGCGCACAGCGAAGCUCUCCAGCCAAGUGUGCAAACCCUUUUUUUCCACUAAAAAAUCCAAUGGGGUUGCAGUCUGAAACCUUGGAAGAACAUGAGCUCUUCGUCCAUCACCUUCAGCCUCAUGAAGCCGAGAGCCAGCCGGAAGCUUCAGCUUCACCCGUGCAGCAGGAGUGUCUCACGAACAGUGUUUCGAUGAGCAGCGGGUAUGGCACCUGUUCCGCUGCAGAACUGAGUCCCGCCAAGCCUAAGGACAUUCGGGCGUGCAUGGAAAACACGGGGGGGAUCACCAGCGUGCAGGGUAGUGCAGCCUCAGCGCAGAAGGCAUCAGUUACAGCCAGUGUUCAUAAUGAAAAAGAGUUUACACACACCACUAUAGAACGUGGUGUACCACGGAAGGAUAAUAUCGUUUUUCGUGCUGAAUCUGAGAAUAAGAUUAGUGAAGGUCAUUGUGGAAGAGCAGGCUGUAAAUCUUUAACAUCAUGGGCUCAAAAGCUAAAACAAACCCAGCUGAAAAGAACAAAUGCAGAAGAAGAAGACGUGCAUUCUGUGGAUGGGAAAGAACAAACAAAGACUCUAACGUUUGAGAAUACUGGUCCUUCUGCCGCCGUUCCACCAUCUUCUACUUUUUACCUCAGUCGACCAAACGGAAGCCAAAAUUCUUUAGUGUCUGACAUUUCAGGACUGACAUACUGGAAGCUAGAUGAGAAGGAGAUGUACCUCUCUUUGCCCGAGAACCUUGGGAAUGAAUUUAAUAUUAUUCCAGCAACGGUCUCCUCAGAGCAGUCCUCUUCUGGUGAUGAAGUGAAGCCACGCUCCUUAAAGGAAAUAUAUCACAAGAAACAAAGGGAAAACCAGCAGUUUGUAGACUGGAACUUUUCCCCCUCUCAAUCUACCCACCCUCCUGAGAUCCUGACACUAGACCCGACGUUGCACAUGAAACCAGGCCACCAGAAUCCUGAACUUCCCUCCCAUGGCUUUUACAUGACCCCCGAGAAGGUUCCUUUUUCUCCAGACUCUAUGGCAGAUCCUGCUUUUUUCAUGCAUUCUGACACAGAUUCGUUUUCGCACACAAGUACUGUCACAUCACCUCAGUUCGCCGGUUCUCCAACAUACGCUUCUAAUACCGCUGCUUUGCAAGUGGAUCCCUGGAACAGUUCUGCAUUCCAGACUGAAGCUGAGGACACCAGCAGUUCUUAUCCAGCGGCGUUUUCUCACCCAAGUCAUGAGAUCUCAAACACAGAAGAUGAAGGCAAUUUAACUCUAACUCCAUCUUCAGUUGCCCAGUUCCAGAUUCCGUUUGGUGACAAUAGUUUGGCAGGUUAUAGAGCUCCCGUGGCACAUUCGGAAGACCCUCUGAUGCUGUCCAAGAUCAAGCAGAAUUUGAGGAAAAAACAUGCCCGCCACGUUGCUGAUUUACGAGCUUAUUAUGACUCAGAAAUUCAAAGCUUAAAGCAGCAGCUGGAGGCAAGCCAUAAACUUCCUUCUGAAGACUUGAAGGAAAUUAAUCAAAAUCUCGCUGACAGAUGUGACCACUUACAGGUGACAUUGAAUGACGCCAAUAACCGCAUGCGAGCCCUUGAACAUAAGAAUAACGCCUUGGAGACGGAAGUGGCAGACUGGAGGGAGCGCUUCUCCGCCGUCAGCAGCACAACCAAGGCCUUGCGAGAGCAGAUUGAAGAGGCGCGCGCCAGCAGCAAAGAGAAGGACAACACCAUCAGCCGUCUGAAGAGGAGGCUCAAGGACCUGGAAGAAGCUUUCGAAAAAGCCUACAAGCUGUCGGAUAACAAAGACGCCAGGCUCAGGGAAGAGAAUAAAAUGUUUCAAAACCUUUUAGGGGAAUACGAGUCCCUUGGGAAGGAACAUGAAAGAGUUAAGGACACGUUAAAUAUAACUGAGAAUAAACUGCUCGAUGCACACGUUCAGAUCUCUGAUUUGAAAAGAACAGUCUCGAAACUGGAAGCUCAGAUAAAGCAGGUGGAACAUGAGAACCUGCAAAAAUUCCGGCAUCUUGCAGACAGUCACUCGAAAACACCUUCUGCCAGCAAACACGCAAGCUCUGAUGUCAGCAGAAGGAAAUGGCUGAUACCUGGCUCAGAAUAUUCCAUCUUCACAGGCCAGCCUUUAGAGGCCGAUGAGAGCCCCAAAGAUAACAGGCUAGAAGAUGCUUAUGCAGCUUACAGGCACCAUUCUCCUCCAGAAAAGGACUCUUCUCGAGACCCCUCGCUUACAAACGAAAUGGAAAAGAAAGAAAGGGAAGUGCUGGAAGCACCGAUCUUAAAAGCUGUUAAAGAGCUUGAAGAGAGGAAGGCGCUGAAAAGUUGGGGCACUCAGACAGAGAAAGAGGGGGCAGCUCCCACCAAAUCAACUAGCCGACGUCUGACCAUUGGAUUUGACGAAGCCACGCUCGGUGCCACGCGGUCCCCGGAGAAGGGCAAAGACCAGCACAGGCACAAAAGAUACAGCUCGCCUUGCGGCCAGAGGUCUUCCUCUCUGCCCCCUUCCAAUAGGAAAUCAAACACUCCAAACACGCCAACAAGGAGAGAGAUAAUGCUGGCUCCAGUUGCUGUGAUGUGCAGCCCUAAACGAUCUCCAAAAGAGAACCUGUCUCCAGGAUUCAGUCACUUACUCAGCAAAAACGAGAACACCGUGACAAGGUUUGACGUCCUCCUUGACGAGCUGGAAAAGGCUCCAAGGCCUACAUCACAGUACAGCACCCCAAGAAAAAAGCUCCAGUUUCUUUCUGUAGGUGACACAGAAGAAAGGCAGUCCCACAGCCCAGGCCAAGAGAGCCGUGCAAAGUAUUCCCCUGGCCCCGAUUCUUUGUGUGUAGGAGGCGAGAGAGACACGAUGGGGCCGACGUGGGGAGAAGAGGCCUCCGCACACGCAAGCGAGCCCAGCCCGCCUUCAGCGGCAUCCGUUCACGAGGCGGAUUUCAAAUACAUUUCAAGGAUCAAGACAUUGGCCGAGACAGAGAAGCUCUUUGACGCGCUCACGCUUGAAAAGCAACAGAUUGAGGCCCAUUUGAGCCGGAUACCUUGUACGGGAGGGAGGACGACUCUGCAAGCCAAGUUAAAUCAGGAAGCCUUGGAAGACCGCUUGGAAAGGCUCAAUCGAGAACUGGGAUCCAUCCGCAUGAUCCUGAAGAGAUUCCACGUUUUGCGUACCUCUGCCAAUACCUGAGAUGUCUCUAUUUUAAUUCCAGAUGUCCUUUUGUUUGCACUAAAGCAUAAUAAUGCAUUCUGGAAAUACAGCCGGUUUUGUAUUUUUGUAAAAUGCCCCCCCAGCCGUUAUGCAAUCAUGUUCCUCUUUACACACAGCAAUAUUUUGUAUUGAGCCACAUAUAUUUUAAAACCUAUUUUUAUUACACCUGAAGGAAUCAAUCUGUCAAUUCUGUAUUUUGCUACUUUUGAAGAAGUGUUAAUAGGGGGGGUUUUCUCUCUGAAAAUGAGGUACAUGAAUUAUUUCUAAGAACAGAGAAACAAAGAGGCAGCUUGUAUUCAAAGGAUUAUCAUGUCGAAAUAGUUUUUUGGCAGUGCCCUCUGCUCGUUAGUUUUAUAGAGCAGGAAGCCUGUCUUGUAAAGUAAGAUAUAUGAUGAAGUGUUGCGUUUUUUAUUUCCACUGAAUAUGACACACAGCUUCCUGUUGUGACAUGAGCUCCAAUGUGACAUUCACAUAUUGUGCACAUAUUGUGUGUCGUUUCACAAAGACUUGUUUUCCAUUUCGGUAUUUUCGAGAGGAAAGCCUAUGUUAAGUAUUGUAUACAUGCACAG